AUGGACUUUACCAACUCAGGUCAUCUUUUGGAUAUCAUAUUUUCAUAUUUGAAAGAUCCCAAAGUUGAGAAGUUGAAAGCGGUGUUGGUUGACUGGAUCAACAGCACUUUGAAAGAGGAACACAUCAUGGUGCAGAGUCUGGAAGAGGAUAUCUUUGAUGGUUUGAUCCUCCAUCCUCUCCUAGGGAGGUUAGCUGGAGUGCAUCUGUCUGUGGAGGAGAUAGCAGUGACCAGAGCUGCUCAGACACGCAAGCUGGAGGUCAUCCUGGAGGCUCUGAAUGAGAAACGGAGCAGGUUGACUCUCCUCUAUAUUCCCCUUCCUCCUUCUCUGUCAAUCAUCCACAACAAAGACUUGCUGGCCACUCUCCAUCUUCUGGUUGCCAUGGUGAGGUGCUUCCAGCCUGAUUUGGAGCUUCCUCCAAACGUCAGAUUGGAAGUCGUCCUGUUGGAGGCCAUCAUGCACUUUGUCAACAGGAUAAUGUCAACCCUUGGUCUACAGGUGACAGACAUGGAGAAACAGUUUGCAGACGGUGUGAUUCUCCUCCUGCUGAUUGGACAGUUGGAGUGUUUAUUUGUUCCACUCCAUGACUUCAACCUCACCCCAGUCAAUAACAUUGAGAUGUUAUCCCUCUCUGUGGUUUAUCUGGACCUCCUGAAUGACAUAGAGCUACCCAUGCCAAAUGUUGACCCCCAAGAUAUAGUCUCCCAGGAGGUGAGAGACACCUUGAAGGUCCUAUAUGCCCUGUUCAAAAGCAGAUGA